AUGAACCCUCUCAAAAUUGCAGUUGUUGGCCUUGGCCGCAUGGGCAAACGCCAUGUACGCACCCUUUUGUACCGCGUGCCCCACGCUCAAGUGGUCGGAGUCUGCAGCUCCGAUGCGACCGAGAUCGACUGGGCGAAGAACAACCAAGAAUACAAAGACUUUGGCAUCACAGUCUACGACAACUACGACAAGAUGCUAGACCACCCAGGGCUGCAAGCUGUCUGGAUCUCGAGCAGCACCGAUGUUCACGCAAGUCAAUCGCUGGCUGCGAUUGCCAAGAACCUGCACGUUCUCUGCGAGAAGCCACUCAGUACCGAUCUUGCCGAGGCAAAAUCAGUAGUCGAUGCCGCCCGCGCAAAGCCGUCUCUGAAGGUGAUGGCAGGCUUCUCGCGGCGCUUCGACGCCUCCUACCGCGACGCCAGCACCAAGAUCUACGAGCAGCAGGCCAUCGGCACCCCCUUCCUGGUCCGGUCCAACACCUGCGACCUCCGCGACGACACGGGCUUCUUUGUCCGGUACGCGUCGCGCAAUGGGGGCAUCUUUGUCGACUGCGCCAUCCACGACAUCGACCUGUCGCUCUGGUUCCUCGGCAACCCCACCCCCAAGGCGUGCUGGGCAGCGGGAACCUUGCAGCACCACCGGGAGCUGAAAGAUCUCUCCGAUGUAGACAAUGCGGUCGGAGUGGUGGAGUUCUGGGGCGGCAAGAUCGCCUACUUCUACUGUUCGCGGACGCAGGCGCACGGCCACGAUGUCUGCACCGAGAUCACCGGGACCGAAGGCAAGCUGAUGGUUAAUGUCAUUCCGCGGCAAAAUAAUGUGGUCCUGGCCGACAAGCUGGGCAUGCGCCAUGAGGUCCAGCCGGAGUACUGGGAGCGGUUCGAGCACGCCUUCGCGCUGGAGGCCAAUGAGUUUAUUGCUUCCAUCCGCGAGGAUAAGGAGGUGCCGUUGCCGCUGGAGGCUGGCAUGAAGGUCAUGCAGAUUGGGCAGGCUCUGCAGCAUGCCUUGCUGUCUGGGGAAGUGGUGCGCUUCAACUUCAAUGAGACUGGCGAGCGGCUGAACUAG